AUGACGCGAAAGAGGUCAGGAGGAGCUGCCCUCGCAAUCGCAGCAGGGCCAGUUGCACCAGGGGGCACAAUACGUGCGGGUGUGCACGCGCCUAUUCGUGCUGGAGGACUGGCACCAGUAAAAGCUAUUCACAUUCCUCCGGUACGCGGCGGAGGGCAAGCACUGCCAUCACCCAUACGUGCGGGAGGACAGGCGCCCAUGCGUGGACAUGCAGCAACGCGCUCUGCAGCGAGAAUGCAAGACGUGCCUGUGUGGGAAGAGUUCGAAGAUGUAGCAGGGCAGUUGCACGGCAGUGUGCUCGACUUGUCCGUGUCCACGGCCGAUCUACUGAAGGUUUGGCAGGAGGUCUUGCGCCAUCGUCACCGUUGGCAGCAACUCGAUGAAGACGGCCGACUCGAGUGGCCUCAAGCUCCUGGGGCAGGGGAUGGAUAUGAACAGGUGCCGGCGGCAUGGGCCGGGCGUCAUUUGUCACCUGCGCCACCUGCAGGGAAUGGACGCGCACGUGAGUUUUCCCAGCCUCCAGCAGAUGACCUUGGUGCAAAUGAAAACUGGAAAGGUAGGCUCCAGCAGGCGUAUACCAAGCAGUUGCGAGUCGGCACCUUGCAGAAGGACGAGAUUGCUUACACAGUAGAGCCAGAUGGACCUGGCUUCAUCGCAACUGUGCAAGCACCUGGGUUGAGCUCCACCUUCACGGGUGAAGUGUGCACCUCCAAGAAGCAAGCAGAACAUUCGGCAGCAAUGGCCGCCAUUUGCUCGGACUUCCCAGGCUAUGCAGAGCCCACUCCCAUACCAAAGCCCUCGCGUGCCCCCCCAAGCGGCAAGGGUCCUGGACCCGCCGCUCCCGAACCAAUGCACCCCAAGAGCGUGUUGAACGGGCUGCUAAAGCUUGUGGUGGGCAAAGAGAUCACCAGGGAGGACAUCGAGUACCAGGUCGAAGCGUUGGAGGAGGGCGACCAGCCGCCGGCCUGGGUCUGCAACGUCCGCUUAGUGGCCUACAACGACCAUGUCUUUCAGGGAGAAACGGUGCAUAGCAGGAAAUUGGCGGAGCAAAGUGCUGCAGAGGCGGUUGCUUCGUGUCAUGCGACUUAG